CGUGGUGUGCGUGCGUGAGAGCGUGUGCCCGUUGUGUGUAGUUCGUGAACGGGUGUUGUAAAGCGGCGAAGGGGGAAAUAAUCGAAAGAAAAAAUAAACUGACAACAGCGACGACGGCGACGGCGACGAACCAGUAUUUGUUACUACACACGAUAAUCGUCAUUUCGUCCGCCGUCGACUUUUUAUUAUUUUCUAGUACGUUUAUUAGUAUUACAUUAUUCGUCGUCCGGCGGCCCUUGAAGUACAAUAUAUCGCUGCCGAGCGAUUAGAUUAUUAUUAUUAUUAUUCAUUUUUAUCUUUUAUUAUUACUAUUAUUACUAUUCGCUUUUUCCGUCGCGAUAAAUACCGUACGGCCGUCGCCGUCGUCCGUAGUGUGACGUCCAACGCGCGCCAGUGUGCUCUGUUACGCCGUCGGCGGCCGUCGUCGUCGUCGUCGUCGUCGUCGUCGUUGUCUUCUUCUUCCUCCUCAUCAUCCUCAACAACACACGCAGCAGCGCCCUUUGGACGUUUCGGUCGUCGUUCGCCGUUUUUUGCGUCACUCGUUUGCCGAUCGCGCAAGCCCGCUCACCCGUGUUGCCGCCACCGUUUGAAAAUGUCCCGGGAAAACGUUUGACUUUCCGCUCUUAAAGGAGAAUCCGUUUCGCCAACGUUCAGCAUGGACAGUGGCUGAGUGAGUUUUAUGACUGUGACUUCUAAUCAGCUCUUCAAGUGGCGUUAUUGCACAUAUAUCUUUUAAACAUUCAACAAUGUUUCAGUUCAAGUUAAAAAGUGAAACGACUUAGUGACUAAACAAGUAUUUAACUAUAGCGAUGGAAUUUUUAAUAACAAAUGAAUCUGAUGAAGUGUCUAUAUUAUCACAAACUGAUGAACCUACCAACACCUUACCUCAUAAUGAUCAAAUUAAGGAUAUAAAUGUUGCAAACAUUAAUAAAGAUAAUAAAGAAAUAUCUACUGAAUCAAAAACUUUAUCUGACUGUCUAGUAGAUGUCUCAAAAUCAUUAUCAGAUUCAGAAUGUAGAGUUCAAAAUAUGUUAUUUGAUAUGAAAUCUGAAGAAUUGAGUACAAGUUCUGAUGAAAAAACCAACAUAGAUUGCAAUAUAAAACCUUACAAUAGUGAUAUAAAAAAUGAAUGUAUGUUUAUGCCCUCAUCAAAUUCAACUUAUAUCUCCUCUAAUGAAACUCAAGUUCUUUCAAGUACAAAUGAAUCAAUAUAUUCAGAUGUAAAUAAUAUUUUUACUACUAAUAAAAAACGAGGAUUUUCAAUUGAAGAAAUCAGUAAAGACGAAACUUCUCAAAAUAGCCAAAGCAUGUCAACAUAUUCAAAUGAUUAUACUUGCUUUUUAAGCGAGCAAACAGAUGCUACAAGCAAUUUAACACCUUUCAAAAGAAGUAAUAGCUAUUAUUUUGAUUCUCCUGUAAAAAAGUUAUGUAUUAAUAAACUACCUAUUGAUGAUAAAACAAAUGAAGUGCUUGAUAGCAUUAACCUGUAUUCAAAUAAAAUAUUCAGUGGAUUUACUAGCAUUCAGAAUGACUUAGAAGUGGAUUGUAUACAAGAUCGUUAUGAUGGAAGUGACUCUGGAUUUGGAUCAGAAUUAGCAGAAGAUAAGAACACUGGCAGCUUAGAUGUAGCAGUUUCGACAUCAAAUAUAUCAUACAAAACUGAUUUUACAUUAAACCAAGAAUCUAGUUUUGAAGAUUUACAAAGAACUUCAAAUGAAUUUUUGUCAGCAAUGGAAGUGUUAAAGCCAAAAUUCUCUGACUCUAUUCUAGAUACAGCACCAUUAGACGUUAGAAAUAAUUAUGGAAAUGUUAAAGGCAUUUUAAAACGCAACAAACCUGUCAAUUAUGGUGUUCUAACAUCUGAUGUUACAACGGUGAAGAAACGCAAAAAUAUAAAUUUUGCAAAUGUAACAGUCUUUUAUUUUCCUCGAGUUCAAGGAUUUACAUGCGUUCCAUCUCAGGGUGGUUCUACUCUUGGCAUGACAAGAGUUCAUAGCGCUUCACGAGUUUUUUCUCUACCUGAAUAUAUAGCAGAACAGAGAAGAAUACGUCGAAACUUAAUUCAAAUCAGUCAAUCCGAGGUUUCUGGUACAAAUAGUGAUGACAGUGAUAGCGAUGUAGGAGCAGCAGAUGUUUACUCUGAGUCUGAUGCUGAUGUAGAUUCAGAUAGCAAUGGAAGUUUUUUACAACCUGUACCUACACGACAAAGACGUGCUUUAUUGAAGGCAGCUGGUGUUGACAAAAUUGAUUCAUCUGAAAAAGAUGACUGCAAGAGCAUAAGACUAUCCAGGGAAUUUUGCGGGUGUUUAUGCCGUGGUUUUUGUGACCCAGAUACAUGCGCAUGUUUUCAAGCAGGCAUAACAUGUCAAGUUGACAGAAUGAAUUUCCCAUGUGGAUGCACAGUAGAUGGCUGUGGAAAUUCUGUUGGUCGUAUAGAAUUCAAUCCAACAAGAGUUAGAAAACAUUUCAUUCACACCAUAAUGAGACUUGAAAUCAAAAAGAGAGAAGCACAAGAAGAGGAGCACUGUAAUAAGUUAGCUAUGACAUCACCACUUAUAUCCAAUUUUUCCUAUCACGAUUCCAGACACAUACAACCGUAUUAUCAACCACAGCACUACGAACACAAUUUAAAUGAUUAUAACUAUCAAUCGUUUUUGCCUGUUUAUGAUAGUAAUAACCAUAUUGCCCCAGAAAGUAGUACACAGAACGAUUAUCAGCUUAAUAAUUCGCAUAAUUUAUAUGAACCAUACCAGCCAUUCCCAUCUGCGUUUGUGCCUUUGUCACCAGAUAGACCAAGAGGAUUGUCUAUUAUAGACAAUAAACCUGAAACGUUCGCAGAUUUAUUGCAACCAUACAGUUUACCGAGUAUUGAAAGUACUGAUUCGCUUGGUAUUCCAAAUAUUCCAAGUACAUUAGUUUCGGAUAAUUUCAAUUUAGAAACUGAAAAUUUAGGGGAAAUCAUUAAAAAUACAAUGGUUGAAAGUGUCAAUUCUUAAAAUUCCAUUUACUGACAACUUGUUAAUAAACAAAUGUUUUUUUUAGUUGAAUUUUUUUAUUUGUUACUUUAAUUAAUAAUUUUUAACUUGGUUAUCAUAAUAAUAGUUAUAGCUAUACUCUGUCUAGUAUAAGAAUAACCUCAGGUGGCAAUCGAUUUUCUUAUGGCUCUGGCAGACUUCAUUCCUUAAUUAAAUCGAUUUUAGUUUUCAAUGAUCUGCCGUAAAUUGGCAAAAAGGUUGAAAUAAAAUGACUACACCCAUUUCCGCUGUUAUGCUCAAAAGUCCGCCAUUGGAAGUUACUGUUAUAUGAGACAGAAUUAAGUUUGCCAAUAAAUCUAAUAGAUUUUAUCAAAUAAAUUGUGGUUGGUGAUUUUAGUAAACUUUAAAUACAAUUUGCGUAUAACCAUUCAUAGCAUUUUCAUUAAAUGGUUAAUUAUUCAAAAACUUGUUAAGUUUUGAUGGAAUUUUUAAAAUGUUUUUUUUUAUAGAAUUGUCUGCAAUUCAUUUUUGAUAUUAUGGUUUAUAUAAAUACAUAA